GCUGGAAGCGUUGCGACCGUCCGUGUAUUUCGCUAUUUUGUUUCGACCAAGACCAAGGUGCUGUAUCGAGAAGAGUGCUAUACCUACAAGUUUCUCGUUUGUUUGGUGGUUAGGUCAUUUCUCUGUUGAUCCGAAGAAUAGAUAAAGGUGCAUUCCAAAGGUGCGAAUAGAAUAUUGUCCGCAAAUAAUAAACGGUGGGUGUCAAUCGAAUUUUCAGUGCUUUCGGCGAAAUAUUCGCAACUACUUCCAGCAACGAAGGUCUGCCGUCUCGAUCGAUUAGGAUUAGUUGGUGGUUUAAAAAGAAGUAAAACCCUCGCCAGGGAGUUUCGGUCGGAAAAUAGGUGCCUAUUUAUGAGAUUUUGUUCAAUUCUGUGGUGGAAAGUGGAAAGGAGUGUAACAACCGCCUGAGAGCCAUUCUGGUGAUAUUACAAUUAGAAAAUCAAGAGCAGGCAGAAGUGGAAAAAACGUUGAAGUGUUUCCUAAUAGCAGCCCAAAUACAAAAGAAGAAGCUGUUUUACCUUGUUGUUCCAAGUGCAAGGGGGAAGAGGGAGAUUCCCCUAAGUGUGUGAUAAAGCAGAAAAGAAGAAUAAACGCUGUGCCCAACAUACAUACGAAGGUGUGUAGCAUCCAUCCAUACUUCUACGUAGCUGCCUACAUCUCGGGCAGAAGCGCUAUUUUGGAGUUGCUCGACGAGUUCGUCCGUUCCGAGCCAGUGAUCUCUGAGGAAAGGCAAAAAAGCAUCAACCAAGUCUCAUCGUCACCAGCACCGACCGCACGUCGACUGUUGUUCUUGAUGUUGUGUUGUUGCUUAAUGCAAAGAGGAGCAUAAGCGGUGGUUCGGAAUUAAUGAACGUGUAGUAGCAGAACAAGUUGUGGUGGAUUCCUCUGUUGUUGGCUGCCUUUGGGUUCGUUAGUAGGCCUACAAUCGAAUCGCGCACUCUUGCCGGCUGACAGGCAAAGAAGGGAGGAAUCUUUUCUCCCGUGUGUAACUUAGCACCAGAACCGGCUGGCUUGACUUGGUUAGUUGGGUUGGAAGGUACGUGCUAGGGGAGGACGCGCAGCUGCUGCAGCUGAAGCGGCAGGCAGAAGCAACAGAAGCCGAGUGUGGCUCAUGGUUCUGAGUGGUAAAAUGUAGCUGAGCCCACCCCAAGAAGGCGAAGGAAGGUGCGCUAUGGAGCAAAACAUCUUCGACGUAGCGGAUGACAUUUCGUUCCCCUGGUUGCCGGCCUAUGCCGAGGCAACCGCCGAAUCGAGCCCGCUGUCGACCACCGGUUCGAGUCGGAUGCUGGAGACCAUCGUGGAGGAAACUUCCGACGAUGACGAUGGCCGAGGGGAAUCGAAAUUCAACUCACUGGAAGAUCAUCACGAGCAAAACGAGCAACAGCAGCAGCAGCAGCAACAACAGCAGCAGGGAUGGUCCCAAUUCGAUCAGGUGUGGAGUUCUGCCGGGUCCGAUACCGGUUCGGUGAUACGAGUCGAUACGCCUUCGGAUCAAGACACACUGUCCGAGCGAGACUUCAUUUGUCCUCCGAAGCGUAGGAAGCAGGACAUCGAUGGCAGCGGGGGAGAGUUUAUCUGCAACGGUGGAAGCGGCGAUCUGACCGUGGUUAUCAAUGGCGGAAAAGGCGACGGCGUUGGUGGGGCCGGAAUUUUUGGGAAUAUUCGGAAGCCCCGGUUCUACGAGUUGGAUGGGCUGGAGGUGAAUGAAUAUUUCAUGAGGAGACACAAUGAACCGAGAUUACGAUUCGACGAGAUCGGGCAUGAUCUGUUUACGGAUUCCGAUAGUCUGUCGUACGCGUCGCUGAGUCGAUCGUCGUCGCUGAUCCAGUUCGAAUCGUUAGAGCGCCAGUUGCAGAAUGAAUCGGUGGCCGUAGCGUCCGCUCCGUUGUCCGGAUCGUCACCCUCGUUGUACGCCAGCAGUGCAGGCUUGAUAUCUGAAGGAGGUGGAGGCGCCGCCGUCGGUGAAGGUCUCAGAAGUGCGAUCGUGGGCGGUGAUACGGUUGGGUUCUACAGCAGCCCCAGCAAGAAAGGCAACCUACUUACGGCAACUAAUCUGAUUCAGCAGCAGGGUAAGCUCGGAGGGGUCGUCGGAGGAGGAGGUACACAACAACCGGUGCUUAAUACGAGCGAUUCUGAACUAUACUCGUCGUCGAGUGUGAGCAGUGCUGGUAGCAGUGGCGACGGAAGCAGUUGCAACUAUGCCAGUGACGAGUGUGAUCUGAACAAUCACGACAAUACGCCAAGUCCCAGUGAGUCGCAGGUGGCGAAAAGUUCCUCGGAUGAGGCGGACGGAUUGGUCCGGUGUCCGCAGCGGUGCUCUGAAAGGCGUCGGUCGUUGAAUCAGCUCCGGACGAAGAAUUCGAUCGAAAGUUUGAGUGAAGACAGUGGCUAUUGCGAUCAUUUGCAUUUCAAUAUGAACAAUCUACGGGUCAAGUCGAAGAGCUGGACCAAUUUCGGUUCAGCCGAAAAUGUAAACAUGUUUAUGGAUCCGCCGGUGCAGAUGGACUUUUACGACCAGCAGCAGCGGCAUGCUUCCUUCCACCAGGAAAACCGCCUUUCGACGGUGUGCGAUGUGGACGAGGAGGAGCACGAGGAGCAGCAGGGCGGUGGAGGAGCGCAGGGAGCGCCAAAAGGCCAAGAAGUUCAUCGCAUACAACAGUGCAACAGCGAGGAAAGUCUAUCCAAUAAGUACGAACGUAACAAGCCAGAACAUUGGUUCACUGCGAGCGCCGCCGCCGAUGCCGCGAAAACUAAUAUUCAUAAUUGUACAAAAAUAGAUUUAGACGCAAGUAAACAUUCGCGCUCGACGGGUGCUGCAGAGCUGCCGUUCGUCGUAACGACUAAAGUGAUUCCCCCGUCAUCCUCAUCGUCGUCGUCGUCGUCGUCGUCAGCAUCUUCAUCCUCGUCCCGGCACAAUUCUACAGAUUCACUUGAACCGACGACGACAACAAUUCUGGAUCGUCACCAUCGUGCCGAAGCGAAACCUAAAAAUAGUCAUCAUCGCCGCCAACAGCAGCAGCACCAACAGAGAGAUGACAUAGAGCACCAGCUUGCCGUCUCACGAAAGCGACCGCGACCGCAGCAGCAGUACCGGCGUCGUAGAACCAUCAUUUCGGCCAGUUCACCCGAUCUGUUCAACAGUGAUCAGCAGCGUUUUCGCGCUCGUAGCCGGAAGCAAAGUCAGCGCAAGGUUAGCGACUUCCUGGAGUACGGAGGUGUCAAUUUUACCGUGUCCAGUGUGCCAGAGUGCUUGAAUCUGUGCGGGAGUGUUCGGCUUCCGGAGUUGGGCAGCCAGUCGGAAUCGUGCGAUUCGUUCGAACUGUGUGAAUCGGGUGCCAGUUCCGAGAAUUACUGCUCGUGGAAUCAGGGACAGGAAUCGGUAGCGAGUAAGAACUUUAAUUUGUACGAUUUUCGAGAAGAACCGGAGGUCAUUCCGACGACGGUGGUGAAAAGUGUGAAAACGGUGACGUUCGAACCGGUGGCUAGGCCUCGGGUGAACAUUCGGGCUAGUUACGCUAACCUGACGGCGCUGGACUAUGGUGAUGCGGAGACAGACGGCAAGCAGUAUUAUUUGAAUAGAAACACAUUCAGGACGAGCAGUGGAACGAGACUUGGGGGACAAGGUGCGCGGGAAAUGGCCACUGGAUCGUGGGACCAGAAGAAGAUCUUCGACGAAGACGACGAAGAGGAGAGGAUCUUUCCGGUCGGUGGCGACGAAAGGGGUGUUUUCAAUUCGCUUCUAUCGAUCAUCAACGAUCAAGCCGAUGCAUACGAACCGAUCGCGGCGUUUUUGCACGAACAACGAUCGGCAGCGGUGGUGCAGCCAACGUCGUUUACCGCGCUGGUCACGUCCCCUCCACAACCUCCGCCACGACGAACGCAAAUCAAAACAAACCCGCACCACUCAACAGCUCCGGCCAACGUGCGAUCCCCGCCUCCGCCACUGGAAGGCCAGAACGGUGGCAGCAGACGGACCUUCGAUCAGGAUCCCACCAAUCUGGUCACCUGCUACGCUGCAAGCUUAGAACGUUGCACGUUCGAUCCGACUGAAUCCACCCUCAACUUAUAUAAUGGCGAAGGCAGCAGCAGCGCAAUCAACCGAACAAGUGAUUUGAAUAUUAAUCAUUCAAGUGCGACCCGGUGCUACGCCCCGGUGGUGGUAGCAAAGCGUGAAUUUGUAUCGAGCACGCCCAACCUCAACUACUACCACGGCAGCAGCGACGAUGAAGGUGGCCUGAACGCCCACCACAACUCACUGAAGAAUGUGUCCUGUCUUGAUAUUGGCACAACCGGAGACCUCGUCUCCCAGAGCACUGGCAUUCUAACGACCGCCUCCAGCUCCAAGUGCGGGCUGUCCAAGGGCGUCAGCUUCUGCCCGAUCGUGUCGGAAAUCAUCUGGAAGGACAACAGCUCCGAUCUUGAUCCGGACGACAACGCCAGCAUCAUCUCCAAUCAGGACUUCGAGAUCGACAUCGAUGACGAAGACUUCGAUCAGGACGAUUACGAUCAUGCCAAUCUGAUUGCCACCCAAACAAACACACUGAUCAAUGCAAACAGCGUGGAGACGGGGCUGUGUGAGCUCAUAAAUAAAGCUGAUUCAUCAUUGGGCAAUUAUCAUCGGAAUGGCGACGAGGAUGAUCAAUAUCAUAAGCAGCAGCAACAACAACAGCAGCUGGAUGCACUCGAUUCAUUGCUUCGGGCAGCGUCGCCCAACGACGCCGAACACGAUCGCUUCGUGCACGAUGACGUCAUCGAUUACGAUUCUCUCUCACGGAGAGAGCGAAGUGAAGAAGAGCGAGACGGCGAUAGGUGCAUCGGCGGCGGCGGCGUCGUUGCCGUCGGUGGUGGUGUAAACAAUGCGAUCGCUGUCAGCGACGUCAGUACGAAAGUGAUCAUCGCCGAGAAAGGUUCUCUCCCGACAAUGGCGUCCGCGAUCGCGAAUGGUGUCGACGCUAGCAGAAACAUGAUCGCCUCAGAAUCAUCAUCUGCCAAUGCGGAAAGUGUGUCCGUUCCGGCCGAGUUGACCGACGAUAAUCGGCAACCACCACAGCAGCAGCAGCAGAAGUUUGUCAACAAUAAUAACAAUCUAAUUAAGAACUUCAAGAAUGGAAAGGCGGAGAAGAAGGGAAAGACUUUCCUGUCGCGUUUGUCGUCCGGUUUUCGUUUCUCGUUCCGUGGUAAAUCGAAGAAAAACAAAGAUGGUGGUGUCGUCGGUGGGUCAUCGAAUGGAAAGAUUGGCAGCACUGCCACUGGCCCGCCUGUAAAUGAUAAACAAUCGUCGAAAGUGAAGGACUCUAGCAACGGCAACGAUAAGGUUGUGUCGUCGGAUUUUAUUUACAUCCCCUUGAAGGAUCCGUUUUCGAAGCAGGUAAACGGAGUCGAUAAUGUUGUCAGUGAUCCCGCCGGUGAGGAGGAAGUACUCGACGCGGAAGAGUACUACUUGCGGCAGAUUGGCAGCCACGGUCAGGAUCAAACCGAUCGGGUUUACACCAGUCCGAACGAAAGCGAUGUCACAUUCCGGUCGGAUUCGUCGUCGAUAAUAAACUUGACCCCGACUGGUAGCACUGCUAGCGGUGGUCCACGAAACCACGUGUUGAGCGGAAAACCACCCCUGCCGAAGCAACCCCCACGGGUUGUUGGUGUGUGUGCGAAGCGUUCUACCCCGACCGGAAGGUACGCGCAUGCCCACCGUGCCUCGUCGACUCCGCCGAGAACGGAAAUCGAUCCAGACGAGAGCCACGGCAGCGGUGGCGGUGCCUUUUGCCAUCAGUAUACCAACGACACUGAUACGGGCUCGAACAGUGGUAGUGCUGCCGAAGGAUCGUUGUCCUCGGCCGUCGGUCGGUACAGCAGUGCUAGAACAGACCAAAACCAGAAGCAUCAGCUAACCGUUGAGAACUCUAAUUACUUCAAUCACAUUAUGGGUAGUGAGCAGAAAAUCGGUCUCAUCGAGACUAACCUGGAUACCCACGAGACAGUCAUUUCGGGCAAGACUCGUUCGCUGAUGGAGCUCGGCGGCCCGUCCCAGCACAUGCACCAACUGCAGGUGCAUCAUGGCGGAGGUGGUGGCCCAAUGGGCGGUGGCGGUGGUAGUGGGGUACCUAAAGGUCGGUUGGGUGGCGGCGUUAAUGGGAUUAAAGACCGCCAGACGACAGCCGUUGCCAAUGAACCCGGAAGGCCACACAAAAGUAUGGAGUUUCUGCUGGACAAGGAAAAUCAACGAAAUGUUUUGCCCCCGGAGAAUGAGCUCCAGAAAUCGCACGAAACCGGAACGAACCUGAGCGAACAUCAGCUGCGAGUGCAGGCCUCCCUCCAGCGACUGAACAUCCCCGACUGGUACAAACAGUACUCGGGCAAGGAUGGUGGUGCCAACAAUACCUCCGUGGGCAAUGCCUCCGGUGGUGGUGCAGCCGGUGCCGGUGGCAUCCUGCGGAAGCGGAACUCGGACGUCGGUCGCUGGACCGGACUCAGUUCGAAAACCACCUCCCUCAGUUCGCUCGGAUCGCACCGGUCCGAUCGGAGUCCCGUCAUGCUGAGUCCCUCGGCGCACAGUCAUCACGGCGGUCAGACCGGAUUUUCCCGGUGGUCCACGUCGCACCUGAACUCGAACCAAACGUCGCCGAGCGUGUCGACCCGGGGGUCCUUCACGAGGGGAGGACUGAAUGCCAGUGUGAUUUCCGGUUAUUCGACGGCCUCGACGACGGCCGGCGCCACCGGCGUACCGGUCGGUGGCAACAGUGCAAUCCGGAACUCGUUCCGACAGCCGUACCUGGGCUGGAGGAGUCAGGAGAAACUUGCGCAGCCACGGACACCCGCCGAAAGGCUCGCAUCCUCCCUGUUAUCGCAACAGAAGCAACAGCAGCAUCAGCAACACCAACAACAACAUCAACAUCAGCACCAGCAAAAGGUAGAUCCAGUGGUAACACCGGAGAUCCAGUCAUCCAUCAAAGAGGUCACCUCUGCGAUUGUACAUUAUGUAAAUGACCAAACCAACCGACACUCCCGCAGUAGAUCCACUAGUCCAAGCCAAAGAUGUUGGCUAGAAAGUUCAUUCGUCGGAACCAAACCACUGGACUCACCCCAGACGCCAAUGAUGGACGGCAAUAGCAGCUCAAGCCAGGUCGUCGUCCUGCAGCAGACCCAACAGAUAACCAUUAGCACCAGUAACAACAAUAGUAGCACGGUGGUGGCCGGAGACCACUACCGGUACAAUGCCGGACGGAUGAAUGGCGUCGGUGAGUCGACACUGAUCUUGACACCAUCGGUUCCGACCUUCUCCCUGCCACCGGAGCAUCUGCAGUCGCCCGGAUCAGCGACCCUCGAAGAUGUGCUCGCCUCGCUACUGGGCUUAACGACCGACACACACAGGUCCUCAGUGGAUUUAGCUAAUUCCAGCCAAACGCCAGCAGCAGUUCCCAGUAACCACACGCUUCAGAUCGAACCCGUACAGACGCGGAGACGCAGCGAGGGAGACGCCGGAAGGAGACGGAACGAUAGUGGCGGUUCCGGUGCCGCUAGCAGUGCUGCCAGUAGUAAUAAGGAUUCCAACAGCCGCCGGGUAUCGUUGGAUUCGUGCGACCCGACCCACAAAAGCCACGGGGAUCCCCUCAAGUGUCGCUACCCGAAAUGUGACGCCACGGCAACGAUAGCCGAGGCGAAAAAGUCCUACAAAAGCUGCCACAACUGUUCGCAUCUGUACUGCUCGCGGGAAUGCCGAAGGGCCCACUGGGAAAGACAUCGGAAGGCUUGUCUGCAUUCGCGAAUUUCCGCCCUCUGUAGGGUGGUGCUGUCCACCUGCAAGGACGACCCGGACACGUUGCGCCAUCUGAGCCUACUGGCCAGGCGCGGUUACUUGUCGCAAGGACGAGGUGUUGUUAGAAUACUAUUUCGCAGUCCGGAGAAUGCGGACUCGUUCAUGAAGCAGGGUUUUCAGUGUUUGGGUGAAGUGGCGUACGUGCGCUGGCCGGACUUGCUCCCGUCUGAGAUGGGGCCGGAACUGUACUCGGAGCUGCUCAAACUGAGCACCGAGUACAAACCCGACUCGAAGAUGUUGAUCUACGUGGCGAUUUGUGUCGUUUCGGAAGCUCCGGGUAAUGCUACCGCUCCGGUCAAGUGGGAACGCCAGCUGGUAUCGCGGUGUGCUAAACUUAAACUUUGCAAAUCGGUUAUCAACGAAAUCAACAACUCACCCAUCGAUAAGCAGGUUCCGAAGAAGGAAUCCGCUAACGAUGUGCUGAUCUUGUCGUUCAACAUCCUGACGAAAACUACUCAGAAGAGUCGCGAAUUGGUGUCUCAAAACAUCCAGAACAUACUGCGCCAGCGGGGUGUCAUUUUGCGGAAGCAUUAUCCCGAAGUCUUCCAACGGCUGUCCACGUUUGUCGAAGGUUCAACCGAUCGGUUCCUACCGGUGACGGUACAUCCGAGGGAUAACGUCACCGGUAGACCGUUCGUUUGCAUCAUCAUGCCCAACUAUGGCGAUUCGGACAAGUUGCAGUUUCCUAUUUCAGAGAACAGCGACGAUGACCGGGUGGUGACGAUAGACGUCGGCACGGAGCUAGGUGGGUACGUUACCGAUACGGGCAGCAAUCAGUAAGUUUGGGUUGGUGAUGUUUGUACAUAGGCGGUAGAUUUCUUAGCGGGGUUGAACUACGCACUGAAGACCGACUAGUUGAUUACCAACGCAUCGGAUAGGUUGUAUGGAGGAAGCUGUAGCUCCUUCCGUUCGAUUUUUGUUUUUCAAAGAACUGAAACCUUCCUUCCCAACAUCCAUUCCGUUACGCCACAACCACUUCCUCAAGAACCAGAACUGAACCGACCAACCCCAACAUGCCAAGAAUCAUUUCAAAAGAACGUGUUCCAAAAUCCCUCACGCAACCGAGCGGCAAUGAUCCAGGUAAGUGAAACACAAUAAAAUAAAUACGAAAACGAAGAAGGGUAUAAACCAACAACUGAAUAACGCCAAAUUUUUGAUACUCUGUGUAGAAUAGGAUAAACCAAUCUGGAGGAAAGUCAAACCCUUAGGUGUUUCCGUGAAGAAAAAAAAAACGACUCGUUUGUGCUAUCCAACUCCAACUUGUAAAUUUUCGAACGCAACUUUAAAUGUACCCAUUCCUCGCGUGAACCCUUCCAGUGCUGUAUCGCUCUUUCUCUAAUUAAGCCAUUAUUCGUGCUGUUGACGUUUGUUCAAAGUAAGUGCUUGGCAACCAUUUCCCUCUUUUGCAAACAUUGUCGAAGUCCAAAAAAAAAAAGAAGCUGAUCAUAAACAUUAGAAUAGAUCUCUCCGCUAAUGGUUCCCCUUUGUGUACCGAAUCGUCUCUCCAGUAGGAUCAGAAUAAGUAAUAUAUAGUUGAAAAAAUUAACCACUUUAAAUAAAUUACCAUCGAAUUUACCCGCCCACAUUGAGAAUGAUUGGAUGCAAAAAUUCUAAUUCGAACACAUUAGAUAAGAGUUGAGUUUCUGAGAUCCGGUAGAUGGAACAUUGUUUGUAGUCAAUUCCAGAGUUGGACAAGUUGUAGUAACAUUAAGUAAGACAAAUUUCAGGAAACGGCGACCACGACAGACAACUGCAAAAUCUACAGAUCCAUAUCGGUAAACAUGAGUAUAAACAAACUAAACAAGAGGCAUAGAAACUAUAUCCUACUGACCACUUUUGGCCCCCCGGGGGUCGAACUUAAACAGAUGCAUUUAC